AUGGAGCAGCCGCCGCCGAAGAAGAAGCGCUACAGCCGGCACCGCAAGCCGCCCUACACCUACCUGGCCAUGAUCGCCCUGGUGAUCCAGGCCUCGCCCGGCAGGAGGCUGAAGCUGUCCCAGAUCAUCCAGGAGAUCGGCGCCCUCUUCCCCUUCUUCACGGCGGGCUACCAGGGCUGGAAGGACUCCAUCCGCCACAACCUGUCCUCCAACCGCUGCUUCGCCAAGCUGCUGAAGGAUCCCACGAAGCCCAAGGCCAAAGGGAAUUUCUGGACGGUGGACGUGAGCCAGAUCCCCCCGGACGCCCUGAAGCUGCAGAACACGGCCAUCUCCCGGCAGGAGGCGGCCUCCUUCGCCAGCGACCUGGCCCCCUUCAUCCUGCACGGGCAGCCUUACAGGGGGGGCCCCCAGCAGCUGCAGCCUGCAGCCAGCGUGGACGCGAGAGCCCCCGCCCCCGGGGCCGAUCCAGAGACUCAGGCCCCACAGGCCAGGCCCCGGCUGGACACGUCCUUUUCCAUCCAGUCCCUGCUGCAGAACCUGCACAAGGUGGACUUGAACGAGCAGCCUGGGGGCCAGGGACUGCCCAGGCCUGGGAGGAGCCAGGAGCCCUCUCCCUUCCUGCUUCCUUCCCCCCCUGCGCUGAGGGCCCCUGGCAGCCCCAGCUGCCCCUCCAGGUGCCCUGGCAUCCCAAGGACUCGCUCCUCCUCUGCCUCGGCACUGCCCUUGGAUGAAAAGAGCCCAGGCAGCCCGCAGGCCCCGGCGCUGGCCAAGCGCCCCCGGCUGCUCCACGCCUUCCCGGGCAGCAGCUCCGACUCUGAGGGCUCCGCGUGCCGCACCCCACCGGUGUCCCCCGGGCCCCAGCUCCCCCCCUCCUAUGCCAUGGGCCUGCCCCCGCUCAUCCCCACUUGCUUUGCCUUUCCCCCCAUCCCCGGGUUGCCCUACCUCAGCUGCUGCCCCGCUGCCUACGUCAGCCCGGCGUACUGGGACCUCCUGCCUCAGCCCUCGCCGGCGCCCCUUCCCCCGCUGCUGGACGGCCCCUUCCCGGCCCUCCCCCCCAGCAAGGCCAGUCACACCCCUCACCAGGCGCCUCCGCCCUGGCACACCCAGCAGCUGGUGCUGCCACAGUACGGGGGGUUCUGA